AAUCGUCCGAUAGGAUGAGAAUGAAGAUUUGAAGACUGCACAAAUGAGGAAAAUCUCUCUUCUGAUUGAAAAAGCCAGAAUUGAUGGAAAACAUGAAAUUCUUGAGAUUGGAUGUGGCUGGGGAGGCUUAGCCAUUGAAGUCAUCAAACGAACGGGAUGCAAGUAUACUGGCAUUACCCUGUCCAAAGAGCAAUUGACAUUUGCCGAAACAAAAGUAAAAGAAGCAGGGCUUCAGGACCGCGCAAGAUUCCUUCUAUGUGACUACCGAGAAUUGCCUGACUCUUGCAAAUAUGACAGAAUUAUAUCAUGUGAGAUGAUUGAAGGGGUUGGCCAUGAAUUCAUGGAGGAUUUUUUUGGCUGUUGUGAGUCAGUGUUAGCCGAAGAUGGUCUUCUUGUUCUACAGUUUACAUCAAUGCCUGAUGAACGGUAUGAUGAGUACAGACGAAGCUCGGAUUUUAUAAAAGAAUACAUUUUCCCUGGUGCAUGCAUUCCAUCUUUGAGUAGAGUAACAUCGGCAAUGGCAUCAGCAUCUAGACUAUGUGUGGAGCACGUGGAAAAUAUAGGAAUACAUUACUAUCCUACACUAAAAUGUUGGAAGAAGGAUUUCAUGGCAAAGCAGAGUGAAAUUCGUUCAUUGGGAUUUGAUGAGAAGUUCAUACGAACAUGGGAAUAUUAUUUCGACUACUCUGCUGCUGGUUUGAAGUCACGUACACUGGGCAAUUAUCAGAUGGUUUUCUCACGUCCAGGGAACCUCACAGCAUUCAGCAAUCCAUACAAAGGUGUACCAUCAGCAUACUGAAUACCUUCGAGGUGGUCACACUUCUCAUGUUCAGGGAAUCUUACCGUU